AUGUCCUCCACCGAGAGCGUGCCAGCACGACGUGCUCCUUCUUCAUCAUGCAAGAAGUCCGGAUCGAAGCUCAAGUCUGAGCCAGCCGCUGCCGGCUCUCCUGCGUCGGCGCCCGCCACAAGCGACGACGGCCCCGUCGUUGGGCAGCCAGGACGCUCGGCUGGGCACAAAAGAAGGGGCGAGGUCCCGCCCACGACUGAGCAGAGCCCUGUUAAAAGGUCGCGGAGGGGGGAUCCUUCUUCUCUCUCCUCUCCUGCGACCUCUUCCGCUCCUGCUAAAUUCAGUAUCGACACAAAUUCCAAAAAUGCUGCUCGCUCAUCGACAAAACCCAAGAAAUCUGUCUCGUUUGACGACACACCUACCAGCAAGGACGACAACAGCAACAGCAACAGCAACGACCCCGCCUCCACCGCCAAGAACAAGAACAACAGCAACAAGCUUUCCAAGAAGCAGCAGCAGAAGAAGAAGCAGCAGCAGCAGCAGCAGUCUCAACCCUCCGACGUCACUCCCGCCUUGGAAUACCUGAGGCAGUGGAAGACGUCGAGGGAGUCGGGCUGGAAGUUCAGCAAGAACCUGCAGUCUACCCUGAUCAAGCACAUCUUUGAGUCCGACGUCAUCCCCGCCGCCGACGCCGACAUCUUCUACGAGUACAUCCGCGACCUCAAGGGUCUGGUGCGGUCCAGGCUACGCCAGACCGCCAUGGAGAUGAGGAUGCAGGACGCCGCCGCCGGCACCGGGGGCUUCCCCGACGAUACCAUGGACCUCGACUCCAGCCAGGACAUCUACGACUCCAUCCUGGCCGACGUCCUCCGCCGGAAGCAUGAGCAGCGCCUCCAGCAGCAGCAGCAGAAGCAGCAGCAGCAGCAGACCCCCCCCCACCACCAGACCAGCCCCAAGCGCAAAUACUUCAACGAGGCCCAGUACGUCUCGGAGAGCGAGGACACCGACGCCGUCCUCCGUCGCAUCGUCAAGCGCAUGCGCGCCGAGAUGGUCCUCGACGAGCUCUCCGACGGCGGCGAGAUGACCGAGUCGUCGACCUCGUCGACCUCAUCCAGGACCACGAGCACCGUCACAGCCGCCACCACCACCAACGGCGGCAGCAGCGGCAGCAGCGGAAAUGCCAAGCCCGUCGUCGUCGACGGCGCCGCCGCCGCCGCGGCCGGAAAGCGUCGCCGCAAGCUCCGCGUCAACAUGGAGGACAGCAGCAGCUCCGAGUCGGACUCGGACAGCGACUCGGACACCAGCUCUAGCGGGAGCAGUAGCUCCGACUCCGACUCGGAAGACGACGAUGGCAACGCCGUCCAGAGUCCCCAGGCCGGAUACGAGACCUCCAGCAGCUCCUCUUCGUCUUCCUCUUCCGGUGGCGAGACGUCGGAUGAGGACAUGGACUCUAAUGACGAGGAUGAAGAUGACGACUAA